UUUGGGGAUCCCUCUUGCGCUGCAUACCCUUCAUUUCCUCUCCCUUUCUCACCCUUCCCUUCGCAUAGCCUUACGUCGCUGGCUCCACCUCCGCGGAGCUACCCUUGCUGAAGCCAGGAGCACCCACUGCCCCUGUUCUAAAAGAAGUGGACAGAAGAGACCCACAGCUGCCCUCGCUGUUUCUGUCGCUAAUCGGGUGCGACCACAAACGCCAUGGCUUCCGACGGCAUGGAUGAACGUUCUCCGUUGUUGUCAGCCCCCAACUCGGGGAAUGUCACACCCACGGCACCGCCGUACCUGCAGGACAGCAGUCCAAGAGCUGAGCUACCUCCUCCAUACACCGCCAUUGCGAGUCCUGAUGCAAGCGGAGUUCCAGUCAUUAACUGCCGCGUCUGUCAGUCACUCAUUAACUUGGAUGGCAAGCUCCAUCAGCAUGUGAUCAAGUGCACCGUCUGCAAUGAGGCCACGCCCAUCAAAAAUCCUCCAACUGGGAAGAAGUACGUGAGAUGUCCCUGCAACUGCCUGCUUAUCUGUAAAGACACUUCCAGAAGAAUAGGGUGCCCCCGGCCCAACUGUAGACGGAUCAUCAACCUGAGUCCAGUGAUGGUGAUCCCGGAGGAGCAGCCGGCACAGCCAGCAUUACCGGUGCAGCCCGAGGGCAUGCGUGUGGUGUGUGGUCACUGCGGCAACACGUUUCUGGAAAGUGACGACACCCCCGUAUCCGAGCAUGAAUCUGAGCUCCCUGCUGAGGGCACCCCCUCUUCCUCUUCCUCCAAGAGCUCUCGGUGGAUGGAGCUGCGCUUCAACACUUUGGCCAAGUGCCCACACUGCAAAAAAAUAUCCUCUGUGGGCAGUGCCCUUCCUCGGAGGCGCUGCUGUGCCUACAUCACAGUGGGCAUGCUGUGUGUCUUUAUUGGUGUUGGACUGACGGUGGGCACUCAAGACUUCGCCAGUCGCUACUAUGCUACCUAUGUGUCUUGGGCCUUCGCUUACCUUCUGGGUCUGAUCUGCCUCAUUCGAGCCUGCUACUGGGGGGCCAUCAAAGUCAGCUACCCAGAGAACACCUUUGCAUAGGCUGGGAGCCGCCACAAAAACAAAGACCCCACUGUUUAAGUUGACGCUCUGGUCAGUGGUCAGGCAUUGGCAGGUUCAAAGUCACAGUGUCAAUCCAGGUAACAAGGAGCCACGAUCCAGUCCAGGAUUUCUACUGUAGAGGAAUAUGAAAUUUGUCUGAAGUAAAUUGUCCUCAAUGUUAAUUAUAUUAAGAAAGCUUGUUGAUUUGAUUCUAGUGUUGGACAAAAAAAACAAUGAUGCAUUGAUUACAUAUGUAUUGAAAUGUCUGAAUCGCCUAUAUUAUCAUUAAUUUGGAGCGGCUGCGCCUGCUGGAGUUGGCCCACCUGGAACAGUAUGACCCCUGCCCAACGGACUUGUACACAUUCUAAGAGCUCCGUUUUUGUUACCCACCAGACCAAAUGAGGUUUUAUUAUCUUUUAUUAUCAAAUUGCCCAUUGCACUACAAUUUUAUGCAAUUCUUUUGUUCAGUUGCUGCUAGAUGAUACAGCUGUAAAAAAGCUGAAAAGUCCUCAUGUGUUGUGAUCGAUAACCCAUGUUUACUACCAUGGUACCAUUGAAGACACAAGUAUUUUAAAUGUCCAGAAGGUAUUUAAAAUGUCAUUAAAUAGCUGACUGUCAUAAAUGUUUUUGUGCCAAUCUCGCCAACAAAAUGUCUGUUUUGAACAGAUCCUUGAAGGGAGACUGUUCAUUUUAAAAAGAGACAUUCUUUGCCAUAGGCUUACUUUUUCAAUUCACUGUGAGCUGUGUUUUGUUUUCCGCGUUUUCUCAUCAUACACCCCAUGAUCCUAUCUGCCUUCAUUACUGACAGUAUUGCGAUUCUGCUGCGUAGAAAUAUCAUGAUUGCAUGAUUAUUAUUUUUUUAUUCUUUUUAUUACACAUGUAUAAACACCCGUGUUAUUUUGAUUGUUUUCUUCCAGGCACUGAAAUGGUACCACUGCUGUCAUGCGUCCCUACUGUGUGUAGUCAAUAAACAAACCUCCCCGAGUCUUGCCUGUUUCCUAAAUCCAGUCGAAAGCUUGCUAGCUAGACGCACAGUAGAUCCGCUUUCUGUUGAGAUAAACGGGCACAACAAUUGUAUCUAAUCUUGUUCUGAAUGUGAUGAUACUGAAGCUCUUUGUACAUAGUUACUUCAGCACAUUGAAACCGUAGCUUGAGUUGAAAUAAUGCUUGGGUCUUUUUGAAAAUGAUAAUUUACCAAUAAAAUUAGAAAAUAACUUG